AUGGAGAAUUCCUACGGUGUGGGAGUUGUGAACAGAUACGCUCUUUUCUUGGACGAUGAGUCCGAUCCUCUUGAUGCGUUAAAAGCGCGAGAGCAGGCGAAGGAGCUCAAAAAGAAAACCAAAGAAGCCGAAAAAGAGAACAAGGGCAAACCUGAAAUCAAACCUAAAGGUGGCGCUCCCGCUUCCAGGAAAGGUAUCAAGGAAACCCAGAAUGUAAAGUCUCAAGAAAAUAGGAGUGGUGAGCAACAGAAGGCCAAGGGUCCUGCCAGGCCUAAUGAACGCAACACUGAGCGUCCUCCUCCGCGUCGCCGCGAGGAUCGGCCGCAGAACGGUGCCGUCGAGAACAAGGAUGGAGCUCCGCGACCACCUCGGCGUGAGUUUGGUGAUCGUAGGCCCAACUAUGAGCGACGUAACUUCAGCGACAAUCCUGAUGGAGCCGAACGCCGCGGGCCUAGACCGCCUCGUGAGCCUCGUGAAGCUCGUGACGGACCGCGCGGGCCGCGUCCGUACGACAAUAGAGGAAAGCGUGAGUUUGACAGGAGAUCCGGCUCUGACAAGACCGGCGUGAAGCCAGUAGACAAGCGCGAGGGCGCCGGCCCUCACAAUUGGGGUACAAUCAAGGACGACAUAGACGAACUCAACAAAACCGGUUCUGAAGGAGAGGUUGUUGAGGAGAAGGCGGCUGACGCAGCUGGCGCUGGUGAUGGACAGCAACCCGAGGCCGAGCGCGCUGCUGCUCCUACAGAGGAAGAGCCCCGCGAACUCACACUUGACGAGUACAAAGCACUCCGAAAUGCCCAACGCACGCAGCCGCAAUAUAACCUGCGUAAGGCCGGGGAAGGCGAAGACCUCAGCCAGUGGAAGAACUUGGUGAUGCUCGAGAAGAAGAAAGAAGGCGAAAGAGGUGAGGAUGAUGAUAGCGAUGACGAAUAUGAUAUGGCCGAUUAUCCGCAGCGCGUGGGUCGUCAGAAGCGUGUGCUCGGCAUUGAGUUCACGUUCAACGACACAGCGCGGCGCGGCGGCACUGGAGGUCGUGGUCGUGGGCGCGGGCGCGGUAGAGGCCGAGGCCCGCCACGCGAGCCCGAGCCGAUGGAGGAGCGCCCGCCAUUGCGCGCGCAGGUCGCACCACCUAAAGUUGAUGACAGCAAGGAUUUUCCCUCUCUUGGCUAG